UCAAUAUUGAGUGAAAGAGAGAGAGAGCGGCCAUGUGGUCGCGCAUUGACUUCGCUUUUUUACAUUCCGUGGGCGCUUGGGGAUUUAUGUAACGUUUUAUUAUGUGGGCUUAUAGGGUUGUGUUGGGCCACUUGUUGAAUGUGAGUAGGUUUGGAUACUCCAAUAGAAAACCAGGCGCAACAGUAACCUAUGCAUUUUGUAGAAUAAUAAAGUCAGACAUUUUUUAAUCUAGCCUAUAGGCUCUCAUAUCACGCAUGCACAAACUAGAUGCAAACCCUGGAGGAACGUAUCUUUUGGACAGAAUGCGUUGGAUCUCAAUCAUCUCGAGGACAAUGAUUCUCUCUCAACAUUCUACAAUAUACAGAGAUAUGGUGAUUGAACAUUUUUAGAAACUCUACAGACUCAGUGCUGUACAUUUUUAUUGAGGGAAUAAUCGAAAUGUAAGCGCACGUUUUUUGGAAGGGGAAAAGAACCCAACGUUGCCUACAUUUGAAACCUUCCAUACUUUUCCUAUUUUAUCUGUGUGCACCUCCCCCCCACGCUACACCUGCUGUUGGAUUGAUUCUACGCCACAGCCAGAGAGGCGAGAGCUAAACCACAGUGAGCACCACUCCCACCUGUAAGAGUUUCUCCGCCCCGGGGGCUUGAAGAUGAAGAAGCAAAAUGUGCGGACCCUGUCUCUUAUCCUCUGCAUGUUCUCCUACCUGCUGGUGGGCGCUGCUGUGUUCGACGCACUGGAAUCCGAGACGGAGAGCGCCCGCCGACGCAUCCUUGAGCUGAAGCGCACUGAGAUGAAGAAGAAGUACCGCUUCUCCGAGGACGACUACCGGGAGAUCGAGCGGGUGGUGCUGCAAGCGGAUCCCCACCGCGCCGGGAGACAGUGGAAAUUCGCCGGGUCUUUUUACUUUGCCAUCACGGUCAUCACCACCAUUGGCUAUGGCCAUGCAGCUCCAGGCACAGAUUCAGGGAAGGUCUUUUGCAUGUUCUAUGCCGUGCUGGGCAUCCCACUCACCCUGGUCAUGUUCCAGAGCCUGGGCGAGAGGAUGAACACAUUUGUCUGCUAUCUCCUGCGCAGGGUCAAGCAGUGCCUAGGGUUACGGAGGACUGAGGUGUCCAUGGAGAACAUGGUCUUGGUGGGCUUCCUGUCCUGCAUCGGCACCCUGUGUGUUGGGGCAGCAGCCUUCUCCCACUAUGAGGCCUGGACCUUCUUCCAUGCCUACUACUACUGCUUUAUCACGCUCACCACCAUUGGGUUUGGGGACUUUGUGGCCCUGCAGAAGAAGGAGGACCUCCAGGAGAAGACACCCUAUGUGGCCUUCAGCUUCAUGUACAUCCUGGUUGGACUGACAGUGAUAGGAGCCUUCCUCAACCUGGUAGUGCUGCGCUUCCUCACCAUGAACACAGAGGACGAGAGGAGGGACGCCCAGGAGAGGGCCUCCAUCAAGAGGAAGAGGGGCCUGCUGACCAUGGGGCUCCAUGGAGGAGGAGGAGGAGGACCAGGGCAGGGCAGAGGAGUGUUUAGGGUCAGGGAGAGGGACAGGAUGGGGCAGAGCCGCAGUCACAUCAAUCUCUCCCUGCCCAUGGAGGAGGGCACUAGCCGCACCAACCUCAUCUCCUCCCCAGCAGAGGAGCAGGAGGAUAGGGACAGGGACAGGGGUGCCCCCUGCAGGCAGAUGCUGCAUUUACAGCUGCAUGGCACUGGCAGACGAAGGCCAGAGUCUCCCCUGGGCUCCUUGUGUUCCUGUAUGUGCUACCGUCUGGAGGUGUGUGAGAGCCCCCUGCCUUCCCACAGGGAGCACUCUGGGUGCAACAUUAACUCGGUCUACUGCAACUCCAUCUCUUACAGGAUCCAGAGCUGGAGCCCCAGAGACAACACAGGACUCUCGUCCCCAGGGAGCACACUCUCGCUUGGGCACAACUUCAGGGAGUACCCCUGCUGCCGGAGGAAGUCAGUGUAGCACCACAUGGGACAGAAUCUUUGUUUGUAACGGUUGGAUUAAUAAAGUAUUUUAUACAUAUUUUUAUACACUACAUAGGCAAGGUGUUGUAGUACACUGUAGAUGCACACACUCGAUUAUAAAUAAAUUGGUGUAAAGUUUUGGCAGAGGCAAGAGAAUCUGUUUUAUAACAGGAAUUUUAGAACCUAUUUUCCCUAAUGAAAUGAUUACAAUGCUGUAUUUAUACAGGAUGAAUUUAAGUUGUUUUUGCAUUAUAGCCGCCCGCUGGAGAUGUAUCUUGUGAAUCAAUUCACUUAUUAUUGUAAUACUCUGUGAGUUGUUUGUUUUCUCCCCAAUAUUUUUUUCCUCCUAGAUAGUUUAUUAUUAUUAUCUGCAUUAUAGAUUUUUUUUGCAUGCAAGUAAGAGUGGAGAUGCAUGAUUGAGAUGAUACACAUGGCAUGAUAAUUAUAUUAACAAAAAUGUAAUAAUGCAAAUGACUAUCACUAUAGAUAUUUGGGUAUUAUGAUUGUUUUUUAAGUACACACACACACACACACAUACACAAGUAAAGCAGGUCCUCAGCGUGAUGGUUGCUGCGGAUUCUGUGGAAAGUACUUCAUAUUGCAUGCCUUUAAUGGAAUUCUGUUUUAAUGAGGAGAUUAAUAGAUAGGAACGUGAAUAUGGUAGCAAUGGCCUUUAAUUAACCAUAUCAAUGACAUAUAUAAAUCAUCAUAUUACUUGUCCUUAUGGCAGGAGGUUAAAAACAACCCUGCAUACAUUUCCCUGUACUAAUGCACAACACAUGAACAGAGACAGUUUGCCUUCUAUGUAUUGAUUUACAUUUUAUGGAUGUAGCACAUGCCUGACAUGUAGCAAGACCUUUCAGAAAUAUGUAAGCCUAUUUAUUUCCAUGCUCCAUGGGCCUUUAAACCAUAUUAUGUAUUCAAGGUGAGACAAAUCUUGUUUUUCUUGCAACUGUCAUUGAACUUUAUAUCAGGUUUGGUUUUUAAUCUUGGGAAGCCCUGUCUUGAUGUUGACAAAAUAUUCUAACAUAUUUUAAGAAUUUAACUAGGGAAGUCAGUUCUUAUUUUACAUUUGACGGCCUACCCCGGCCAAACCCGGAUGACACUGGGCCAAUUGUGCGCCGCCCUAUAGGACUCCCAAUCACGUCUGGAUGUGAUACAGCCUGGAUAAGAUGAGAAGAAAUCAUAAACAAAAUGAAAAGAAUGCAUAUUUUCGAUGUUUUUCCCCCAAUCCCUUAACAUUUCUAUAUAAUAAACUCUACAACUAGCUGUCUAUCUCUAAUAGAGAUAACAUGCUCCCAGAACCAACACUGAGACCAUUUGACUG